AUGUCUACUGAGGAUGCGUUCAAGAUGACCAAGAAGCCGAUUGAUAGGGACGAGUCUAAGGCUCUCGAUGUUCUGCGUGAAGGGGAGAUCGAAAAUGUCAACGGUAGGAAGCUUCUUUGGAAGCUCGACCUAUACCUGCUACCACUGCUGUGCAUCACGUACGCCCUGCAGUCAAUUGACAAGACUACUUUGUCAUAUGCCGCGGUGUUUGGUCUUGAGGAUGAUCUCCAUCUCAAGGGAACUGAGUACUCAUGGCUCGGGGCAAUCUUCUAUCUGGGUUACUUGGUGUGGGAGUUUCCAACCAAUGUCAUGCUUCAGAAGUUCCCAAUCAAUCAUUUUAUGUCAGCAACAGGAAUUAUAUGGGGUAUCGUCCUCAUGUGCCAUGGUGCAGCCACCAACUUCGGCGGCGAAGCAGCAGCCCGCUUCUUCCUCGGUGUCUUUGAAGCCUCCAUCAACCCGGGCACAAUGCUAUUGUUCUCAAUGUACUACGAACGCCACGAGCAGCCUCUCCGAAUGGGCAUCUGGAUCGGCUCUGCAGGCUUAGGAUACGUGAUCGCAGGUAUUGCAAGCUUCGGAAUUGGACAUAUCGAGUCGGCGAUUGCAAGCUGGCGAUUACUUUACAUCAUAUGGGGAGCCAUCACGACAGCCUGGGGACUGGUAUUGCUGACCUUUCUUCCUGGGUCGCCGCUUACUGCAAAGUUUCUGACUGAGGAUGAGAGAGCCUUGGUUGUGGAACGAAUCAAGGGGAACGGGACCGGUCUGGAUAAUCGAAAGUUCAAAUGGUCGCAGUUCUUCGAGGCGAUGCUGGAUUUAAAGACUUGGUUAUUGUUUCUGUUUGCGGUUACGAGCAACUCGCCGAACGGGGGUCUUACUUCGUUCCAAGGCCUCAUUAUCAAAGGAAUGGGCUUCUCGACCUUGAAGACAACUCUUAUCCAAAUGCCGUCUGGUGGCGUACAGCUCAUUAUUUGCCCAUUGGCUUGCUUCUUCGCCUCACAUUACCCCAACGCCCGCAUCCCCACAAUGCUCCUCUGCAUAAUCCCCUUCCUAGUCGGCGUCCUAGGCCUCUGGCUCAUUGACGAAUCAAAGCCAUACGGCAGACUAAUUUGCCUUUGGAUAUCCUUCACGUACGUGGCGGCAUGGACGCUAUCCAUGUCCGUGGCAACGGCCAACACAGCCGGACACACGAAGAAGAUCACAACAAACGCAAUGCUGCUGAUUGGGUACUGUUUGGGUAACUUCGUCGGGCCGUUCUUCUUCAAGGCUGAGCAGGCGCCGGACUAUCGGUUGGGAGCGGGGAUGAUGUUCUUCUGUAUUGCGGUGCAGGUGGUUUGUUUAUUUAGUAUUUGGGGGUUGUUGUGGUGGAGGAAUCGGAGUCGGAUUGGUGUUAUGGAAGGCGGGAUGGAGGGAAGUAGGAGAGAUGAUCUGCCUGAAGAGAGAGGCCUGAUGGAUGAGACUGAUAUGGAGAAUAAGAGCUUCAAGUAUGUUUAUUAA